AUGCAACGCUCUUCGUCUGCAGUAGACUUUACUGCCAUCCUCAAUCCUUCUCCUUCCUCCUCUGAUUCUCCUUCUUCUUCUCACCCUUCGCACGAGGCCCUCACCACCGCGAAUUCUCAGCCCAACAACCACACCUCGACGACAACCACGCAACCAGACGAUAACAUGGCAGCCGCUGUCAGCCUGAUGCCGACGGCGAUGGGAACUCAGGGUCCCAACGCAGAAGAAAGACAGGAUCUCCCUCGACCCUACAAAUGUCCUCUUUGCGACAGAGCCUUCCAUCGCCUAGAGCACCAGACCCGACAUAUCCGCACGCACACUGGAGAGAAGCCUCACGCCUGCCAGUUUCCCGGUUGCAGCAAGCGUUUCAGUCGAUCUGACGAGUUGACCCGUCAUUCCCGCAUCCACAACAACCCCAACUCGCGAAGAAACCAAAAGACUCACCAAGUUGCCGCCGCCGCCGCUCUCGCUGGCCUCCAGGAUGGUUCAAACCAGAACUUUGCCUCGCAAGCUCAGAUGAUGCCGCCGCCCAGCAAGACUAGCAUGCCCCGGUCAGCCCCUACCUCAGCUGUUGGUUCUCCCAACGUUUCACCACCUCAUUCUUUCGCGGUUCAAGUCCCUCACGGCCCCCAGAUGCCGUCCCAUCUUGGACUCUUCAAUCGCGGCGACGACAGAAACUCGAUGGACAUCAAUCUCCUCGCCACCGCUGCGUCUCAAGUAGAGCGAGACGAACAUGUUACUAGAGUUCCCUACCAGCACCAGCACCAUCUGUUCAGUCAUCGCUCGCACAACACCAAUGGACGUCUGCCUUCGCUCUCUGCAUAUGCCAUCUCACACUCCAUGUCAAGAUCGCAUUCCCAGGAAACCCAUGAUGAUGAUCACCGAGUGAAGAGGUCAAGGCCAAACUCGCCGCAUUCCACAGCUCCUUCGUCACCGACCUUCUCUCACGAAUCGAUAUCGCCCACCCCUGACCAUACACCCCUUGCCACUCCAGGACACUCGCCACGUCUCAGACCCCACGGCAGUGAUCUACAGCUCCCAGGACUACGCCACCUGUCGCUUGGACACACUCCUCUUUUAGCGCCCAUGGAGCCGCAAGCUGAUGGAUCCUACUCUCACAUCCCACCGCCACAGCACUCUGGCCCUUCGAUAGCAGAUAUUGUCACCGGAUCGCAACGGAAACUGCCCGUGCCGCAGCUCCCCAAGAUUGGCGUGGCCGAGAUGCUACAUCUACCGGGCGGUUUGAGUUCAGGAGAGUCUAGUACGGCAGCGUCGAUCAAUGGCGACUUUUCAAGAUGA